UCACGCCGACGGAAGCGGCGGGAAGGCGGGCGGAAGCGGGCUGCGCAAGGGACUGCGGGUUAGCGGGAGGCUCCGGGUGCCUGGGGUGGCACCGCAGAUUCGCGGGGCCUGGGAAUGAUCUUCCCUGUCGUCCGCCGCGCGCUCACCUGGCUGCCGCGGCCUGGGAGCCGGGCGCUGACCCUCGCCGACAUGGAGGUGGCCCUGCGAGGCGUGCGGAAGAUCCUCUGCGUGGCCGAGAAGAACGACGCGGCCAAGGGCAUCGCGGACCUGUUGUCCGGCGGCCGCAUGCGGCGGAGAGAAGGACUUUCCAGAUUCAACAAGAUCUAUGAAUUUGAUUAUCGUCUGCGUGGCCAGAACGUCACCAUGAUAAUGACUUCAGUCUCGGGACACUUGCUGGCUCAUGAUUUCCAGAUGCAGUUUCGCAAGUGGCAGAGCUGCAAUCCUCUUGUCCUCUUUGAAGCAGAAAUUGAAAAGUACUGCCCAGAGAAUUUUUUAGACAUCAAGAAAACUCUGGAGCGAGAGGCUCAGCAGUGCCAGGUGCUGGUGAUCUGGACCGACUGCGACAGAGAAGGUGAAAACAUCGGGUUUGAGAUCAUCCACGUGUGCAAGGCUGUGAAGCCCAGCCUGCAGGUGCUGCGAGCCCGUUUCUCCGAGAUCACCGCCCGCGCUGUCCAGGCGGCCUGUGAAAACCUGAUGGAGCCCGACCGCAGAGUGAGCGACGCCGUGGACGUGAGACAGGAGCUGGACCUGCGGAUCGGGGCUGCCUUCACCAGGUUCCAGACCCUGCGGCUGCAGAAGAUCUUCCCUGAGGUGUUGGCGGAGCAGCUGAUCAGUUAUGGCAGCUGCCAGUUCCCCACCCUGGGGUUCGUGGUGGAGAGGUUCAAAGCCAUUCAGGCAUUUGUGCCAGAAACCUUCCACAGAAUCAGAGUGACUCACGACCACAGGGAUGGCGCAGUGGAGUUCAGCUGGAAAAGGCAUCGGCUUUUCAACCACACGGCUUGUCUCGUCCUCUAUCAGCUGUGCAUGGAGGAUCCCAGGGCGACCGUGGUGGAGGUCAGGUCCAAGGCAAAAAGCAAGUGGAGGCCUCAAGCUUUGGACACUGUGGAGCUUGAGAAGCUGGCUUCUCGAAAGUUGAGGAUAAAUGCUAAAGAAACCAUGAGGAUUGCUGAAAAGCUCUACACUCAAGGGUACAUCAGCUAUCCCCGAACUGAAACAAACAUUUUCCCCAAAGACUUAGACCUGACCGCGCUGGUGGAGGAGCAGACCCACGAUCCACGCUGGGGGCCCUUCGCCCAGAGCAUUCUAGAGCGGGGCGGCCCCACUCCACGCAACGGGAACAAGUCUGACCAAGCUCACCCUCCGAUCCACCCCACCAAGUACACGGACAGCCUGCAGGGGGACGAGCAGCGACUGUACGAGCUCAUCGUCCGCCACUUCCUGGCCUGCUGCUCCCAGGAUGCCCAGGGCCAGGAGACCACCGUGGAGAUUGACAUCGCACAGGAGCGCUUCGUGGCCCACGGCCUCGUAAUCCUGGCCCGAAACUAUCUGGACGUGUACCCCUACGAUCGCUGGAGUGAAAAGACCCUCCCUGUCUACAGUCGAGGCUCCUGCUUUCAGCCCAGCACCGUGGAGAUGGUGGACGGGGAGACCAGUCCACCCCAGCUGCUCACUGAGGCCGACCUUAUUGCCCUCAUGGAGAAGCACGGCAUCGGUACCGACGCGACGCACGCGGAGCACAUCGAGACCAUCAAGGCCCGAAUGUACGUCGGGCUCACGCCAGACAAGCGCUUUCUCCCCGGGCACCUGGGCAUGGGGCUUGUGGAAGGCUAUGACUCCAUGGGCUACGAGAUGUCCAAGCCUGACCUGCGGGCCGAGCUGGAGGCUGACCUGAAGCUCAUCUGCGAGGGGAAGAAGGACAAGCUCGUGGUCCUGCAGCAGCAGGUGCAGAAGUACAAGCAGGUCUUCAUCGAAGCCAUGGCCAAAGCCCAGAGGUUGGACGAGGCCUUGUCGCAGUACUUUGGGGCAGGGGUGGAGCUAGCCCAGCAAGAAGCCAUCUUCCCAGCUGUGCCAGAGCCCGUCAGGAAGUGCCCACAGUGCGGCAAGGACAUGGUCCUCAAGACCAGGAAAAGCGGCGGGUUCUACCUCAGCUGCACGGGGUUCCCGGAAUGUCGCUCGGCCGUGUGGUUCCCGGACAGUGUGCUGGAGGCCAGCAGGGACGGGAGCGUGUGUCCAGUGUGUCAGCCACACCCCGUUUACAGGUUGAAGUUCAAGUUUAAGCGAGGCAGCCUUCCCCCAACCAUGCCACUGGAAUUUGUCGGCUGCGUUGGUGGCUGUGACGAGACCCUGAGGGAGAUCUUGGACCUCAGGUUUUCACGGGGGCCCGCCCGAGCUGGCCAGCCGGUCAGCCAGCCCUCCGGCCACCUGCAGGCCAGCCAGCCCCUGGACAGAAUGGGCAGCAGCCAGCACGGCCACCCCCAGCCUCCUGCCAUCACGCCCUCGAAUGCUCUGGCCAGGACUGCGCCCCUGCCCGCCGCCGAGGGCGAAGGCAAUUCGGUGACCUGCAACUGUGGCCGGGAGGCCCUGCUGCUCACCGUCCGGAAGGAGGGGCCCAACCAGGGCCGCCAGUUCUACAAGUGCAGCGGCGGCGGCUGUAGCUUCUUCCUCUGGGCCGACAGCGGCCACCCAGAAGCAGGGGGGCCUCCCUCCGAGGUGCCCAGACCCCCGGGCGGCUCACUGGGACGCCCGCCGGGCUCAGGGAAGCCCCUGGGCGGGCCCGGAAGCCCCGGCGAUGGUGGCGGCGGCGCACGCUGCCUGUGCAGCCAGCCCGCUGUCACGCGCACUGUGCAGAAGGACGGGCCCAACAAGGGGCGCCAGUUCCACACGUGCGCCAAGCCCCGGGAGCAGCAGUGCGGCUUCUUCCAGUGGGUGGACGAGAACGUGGCCCCAGGGACCUUUGGAGGCCCCCCCUGGGCAGGAGCCAGAGGAGGAAGCCGGGAGCCGGAGGCCAGAAGCAAAAGGGCCCGGGCUGGUUCCUCGGACGCCGGGUCCGCGGCCAAGAAACCCCGGAAGUGCAGCCUUUGCCACCAGCCUGGACACACCCGUCCCUUCUGUCCUCAGAACAGAUGAGGGCAGGGUAGGGCCAAGGGGGCCCCUGCCUCCACCUGCUGCUUUUGUCUCGGGAAACGAGCUGUUUCUCCAGGGCCAGGUGGCCCUGCGCUGCCAGGGCGGCUUUGAGGAAAGUGGCUGCUCUUGGAGUGUGACCUGUGUUCUAAGGAGUCCGGGUCCAGACCGCUCUCUCAAGAAGGCCACGCCUGGUGGACAGCGGCCCUGUGUCUGGGGCUCAGGAACGGCCAUGGCCACAGCUGAGAAGCCAUGGAGGCUGCCCCCUGCGAUCCACAGGGGCCGUGCUGUCGGCGCCCUGGCGGGAAUCAGCCCGGCCCUUGAGGGGCCUCCCUCCACAGACGUCCUGAGAACGGGUAGGACGGCAGGGAUCCCCUGUUCAGAAGUUGUGUCUACAGAAGGGUUAUCCCUCUUUAUCUCAAAGCUGCUGUGGCCAGGACGCCCCACAGCUCAUGUGCCUCAAUAAAGGAUUCUACCCCUUGA